GCCGUCGCCUGCCUGGCUCGUCCACGGAUACGGACACGCAUUCACCGGUCUCAGGGUUUUAGUUUAUGUUUGGCCGUUUGGUCGGGAACCUGUUCCAGAGAGUGCCGAGCUUGUUGAACCGGAGGUCCCUCAUGACGAAGCCGAAUGUUGUCUUUGUUCUCGGCGGGCCUGGCGCCGGCAAAGGGACCCAGUGCUCCAAAAUUGUGGAGACGUACAGCUGCACUCAUUUGUCAGCUGGAGAUUUACUCAGGGCAGAGCGAAACCGAAAGGAUUCAACAGAUGGACAGCUCAUUGACACCUACAUCAAAGAGGGUAAAAUUGUACCUGUAGAGAUCACCAUCAACCUCCUCAGGAAGGCUAUGGAAAACCAAAAGGAUGGUAAGAGCUAUUUCCUUAUCGAUGGUUUUCCCCGUAAUGAGGACAACCUUCGGGGAUGGAACCAUGUCAUGGACGGCCAAGCAAACGUCAAAUUUGUGCUUUUCUUCGACUGCAGCACUGAGGUUUGCAUCGACAGAUGUCUAGAAAGAGGGAAGAGCAGUGGACGCACAGAUGACAACAGAGAGAGCUUGGAGAAAAGAAUCCAAACCUACCUGCAGUCCACGCGACCAAUCAUCGAACUGUACGAGAAACUUGGGAAGGUGCACACUGUAGACGCUUCUCGUUCUGUAGACGAGGUGUUUGCUGAUGUUAAAACCCUUCUAGACAAAGAAGGUUUUCUGAAAAAGUGAAAGCCGUCCUGGAAAAUCAAGCUUGGGUUUCUCCAAACUGCCAGCAACAUUCGUUUUUGUUUUACUUUGAUUUUAUUUGUUUUUUUGGGGGUUUUUUUUUCAACCGCAAUUCUACUUGAUUGGGUUUAUAUGUCCGUAGUUAUGUGGUUUUAUGUUUGGUUACGUUCGGUUUCUAUGCCUUGUGUAAAUGCGACACUGAGUGUGUAUGUGACACGUGUUGGUAUGAGUGGGAGGAAGAGAUGCCCAGCAGCUCCUCAUCAUCGCCUCGUUUUUGUUCAGUGGAGCUCAAAGCUCAGUUUCGGUCU